AUGAAACCACACUUGAAGCCCUGGCGACAACGAAUGCUCUUUGGAAUAUUUGCGUGGGGGCUGCUCUUUUUGGCGAUUUUCAUCUACUUCACUGACAGCGACCCUGCUGAGCCAGUGCCCAGCACCUUCCCCUUCCUGGAGACCCGAGGGCUGCUGCCCAUCCAGGGCAAGCAGCGGGUUAUCAUGGGGGCCAUGCACGAGCCCUCCUCGCCCAGGAGUUUGGAUGCAGAUAAGGUGCUGCCAGGUGGACACCCGGCCGGCUCCUUUCACCCAGGUCCGAUGGACCCGCAGAGAUGGGCGCAGGCCCAAGAUGGGUUUGAAAAUGAAGAGCUCUUUUCAUCCCAGGUGGGGAGGAAAUCUCAAAGUGCUUUCUAUCCGGAGGAUGACGACUACUUUUUUGCUGCGGGUCGGCCAGGGUGGCACAGCCAUACUCAGGGGACACUGGGAUUCCCCUCCCUUGGGGAGCCAUCGCAGCAGGGGGCAGCUUUGUCAGCUGGCGCAGUUCAGAGGAGACCUGUGAAGAAGAGGCACAGGAGGCAGGGGAGAAGCCACACACUGGAGGAGCGCGCGGAUGGCGACAGGCUGUACGCCUCCAUGUCCAGGGCUUUCCUGUACCGGCUUUGGAAGGGGAAUGUCUCCUCCAAAAUGCUGAACCCGCGCCUGCAGAAGGCCAUGAGGGACUACCUGAACGCCAACAAGCACGGCGUGCGCUUCCGCGGGAAGCGGGAGGCGCGGCUGAGCAGGGCCGAGCUGCUGUGCGAGCUCCGCCGCCGCGCGCGCGUCAGGACGCUGGACGGCACCGAGGCGCCCUUCUCCACCUUGGGCUGGCGGCAGCUGGUGCCCGCGGUGCCUCUGGGCCAGCUGCACCCCCGCGGCCUGCACAGCUGUGCCGUGGUCAUGUCCGCGGGCGCCAUCCUCAACUCCUCUUUGGGAGAGGAAAUAGAUUCUCAUGAUGCAGUUUUGAGAUUUAAUUCUGCUCCGACACGUGGUUAUGAGAGAGAUGUUGGAAAUAAAACCACUGUGCGCAUCAUUAACUCCCAGAUUCUGACCAACCCCAGUCAUAACUUCAUUGACAGUUCUUUGUAUAAAGACGUCAUUUUGGUGGCCUGGGACCCAGCUCCUUAUUCCGCAAAUCUUAACCUGUGGUACAAGAAGCCAGAUUACAACCUAUUCACGCCAUAUAUUCAACACCGUCAGAGAAAUCCAACGCAACCAUUUUACAUACUUCAUCCUAAAUUUAUAUGGCAGCUUUGGGACAUUAUCCAGGAGAAUACCAAGGAGAAGAUUCAGCCAAACCCUCCAUCUUCUGGUUUCAUUGGAAUCCUCAUCAUGAUGUCCAUGUGCAGAGAAGUACACGUGUACGAAUAUAUCCCAUCUGUCCGGCAGACGGAGCUUUGCCACUACCAUGAGCUGUACUACGAUGCAGCCUGCACCCUGGGAGCCUACCACCCGCUGCUGUACGAGAAACUCCUGGUGCAGCGCCUGAACAUGGGCACCCAGGCUGAUUUGCAUCACAAGGGCAAGGUGGUCCUGCCGGGUUUCCAGGCUGUGCACUGCCCUGCACCCAAACCCAUCAAUGCACACUCUUAA